CUGACGAUGAGCUAUUCAAAGUCUUAACGUGUGAGCUCCUUAAAGAUCUGACCAGACUGGUGUAGUUGUUUUUCUUUCAUUUCCAAUUACCAGUCAUACUUCAUUAUUAACAAUAAUUGCCAGUCUGUAGGAGGCUGCCAUUUGUUGCCAUCCUGAAUAAACAACUCGGAGAGCAUGAGUGUUUUUCUUCCGUCCCGGCACCCCACUGCCCUCCUUUGUUUGGCCUGGACAGGUUUUGUUUUAAACCUGGGUGCUAAAAAGUUUAUCUCCUCUAUGUAAGGUGCAAAAUUCAGGUCUCAAGUGUCCCUUCUCCCCUGGAAAUCAUAAGCGCUUAGCCAGUAAAGCAGUUAAUUAAGGCCGAAUGGGGCCUCUAAGUAAACGAGUCCAGCCGAGGAGGCGUAAAGGACAACAAGGGAUUUAGUGAGCCGAGGUGCCAACCCGGUGCUUAGGGCAAAGAGGCCUUUGAUGUGGACUCCAUUGAAACUUUGAAAAGUGCAGAGCGCCCAGUAUGGAAAUGUGAUUAGUGCUUUGGCUUUGAACUACUGCAGUGAUUAUCAGGUUUAUCCAGGAACAUUUGGAAUCAAUAUACAAGAGGGGCGGGCGGUAUUUAAGAGUCAAGGGGGCCCUCAGCCGAAGGCCAUUCAGCACCUUCAGAGAAGCACGCAGGGUCUUUGCUAUGGACAUCUUCUCUUCUUGCCUUGCUUUCUUUUGGUGCUUCAACCUCGCCUUUGCUGGCGUGCUUAACAGACAGUCACCCCGGAGGAACCUUUUCACAGAGCGCGGCUGUUGUAAACGCCAGAGCCAUUUCUUUUAUGUCGGCCAAGACAUCUCUGGCAGUCCAGUCAGUGUGGACGUGGGGAUCUGUAGGUCACAUUGUGGUGGGACACAGCGACCGGUGGCCCCCUAUGGAGCAGGAUUUCCAGGAUUUUCAAAGCACACUUCUAUGCUGGAUUUCCUGAGAACUAAAAAGCUACGUGAGCGCCCUCCUCCAGAGCUCCCUGUAACUUCAGGCCUGGAGCCCUCCUGCUCAGCAGGCUCAUCCUGUGAGCCGACCGCUGUCCGAGUGGAGCGUGUCCUGCUGUUUGAGGGACCGAGGGAAGUGGAGAUCAUUGAUGAGUGUCAUUGCGGGGCUGUCCCCACCGAGUGUGUCCGCAUGCCAGCUCUCAAGACCUUCUUUUUCGAGACGCCCUAUGAGACUGUCUUGGAUGUGGGCAAGUGUUCCAGUCCAGAGGUCAGCAAUGGCUUCUCCUGUGUCCCCACCAAGUUUGAGCCAGUACUACUGGACAGCCCUAACAGUGUGGAGCUGGUCCAGGCUGUGGAGACAUGUGAACUGCGAGAGAGCUGCUACCGGACCUCUUACAUCGAGCAAUACUAUGAAGUUGUCUAUGGGGCCAAUGGCAUCAAAGAGGAGAGGUUGAAAGAAAUUGACGUGGGCAGAUGCUUGGGAGGCUGUUCCUCAGGAAAUCGCUGCCUGCUCAGGGACUCCCGUCUCAAAGAAGAGUGCCUUGUUUGGGCUGAGGGUUCGUCGACUUCAUGUGUGCCCCAAGAAUACGACAGCCACACCUUCCGUAGCCGUAAUGGCCACAUCCGCACCGUGCUUGCAAUCGGCUCCUGCAAAUGCCAGUCCUGAAGUUUUAAAGGCCACAAUGGCAUGGGGACCCAAGGGUAGGGUGUAAGGGAUUCAGAUGAACCAGCAGCCACGAGUGACACACUGAAAAAACAAAAAGUCAGGACAGCAUCCCGUUCAGGAUUUUCAGAAAACUGUUGGCUGGUUUCUGAUUUAAGGUGACUUUGCUUACAAUAAAGUGCAAGCAAGCAAUACGACCAGGACAUCAAACUGAAAUAAUCUGAGAUGAAAAUUUGUGAAGGAAUAGAGCUUCAUCUUAACGGCAACUGAGAGCACUAAGAAACUCCCAGACUACAAGUUGUGCUGUUGAAUUCGCUGAAUUUGUGAAAAGGAGAAAUGUGCCAGACUUGUGGUUUCAAAUUAGUGGGCAAUAGAAAAGGUUGAAGUGUUGUGCACCAGACAGACAGAAUACAAAGUAAAACAAAUACUGACUUGAUCA